GUGGUAUAGUUCACUGGUAUAGUUCAUGACGUAGGCGUGAUAAAGUUAGUGAGUUGAGUGCUGGUGAUGGGAUGAGCUUUGAGUCUGUUCAUGUUUUCGCAGAGUUUACAAUCAUGCAAUCCUGUGCGAAGAUACCGCUGGCUAAUACGUUAGGGCUACUGCUGUUGAUAUUAAUCACCUUUUGUUCUGCAAAUGACAACAACAGCAGCAAACCACGCGAUAAGGUGAGGUUGUUUAAUAAAAGAUCGAGUAAUCGGGAAAUUCUUUAACGUCAUUUGCUGUAUGAUAAUUGAAAAGUGAUACCACUGAACAGGCUCUAUAGGUAAAAAGGUCAAAGGAAGUGGCUGACUCGAAGAUUUUCAAGACGUUUCUCUAAAAUGCCACUGUCUGCACCUUUUUUUUUAAACUCAAACAUUGGAAAUUGUUUUUUAGAAACUUGAACGAUAUUUAAAGCAAAACAAAUUUGGUCUACAGGACAAUAAUGCUUGUUUCCAAUUAAUAUUCUUUUAGAUUACACGUCAGCAGACAUCAUCUUAUGGUUCCUGUGGUCAUGGUGGGUGUUUCUGUGCACCAGGAAUUCCAGGCAUUCCAGGAAGCCCUGGACCCGCGGGACCAGCAGGUGUUGCGGGAUCACCCGGUAAUCAUGGACCUGAAGGACCCAUGGGCCCACGAGGAAACAAAGGUGAUGAAGGAACCCGUGGAAGACAGGGACCUCCAGGCCCCAGCGGUAACAAAGGUGAAGCAGGUACCCCUGGCCCCAAGGGACCUCAAGGACCCUCAGGUUCAGCUGGUUCCCCUGGAAACAAGGGUGAUACAGGUGCUCGUGGUAGUCAAGGUCCCCCAGGUCCCAAGGGUGCUCCAGGAUCGUUUGGCCUUAAUUGGAAACACUGCGUUUUUAAGAAACUGAACGAUGGCAGGGACGCUGGAAUGAUCAAGGUAAAGACUCAGUUUACAGCUAAAAAUAUGAGAAGUUAGCCUAAAGUAAAUAAGAGAUUAACCAACUUCAGAUUUGAAAAUUCUAGUUUUGUCAACUUUGUCAGGAAGAACGAUUUUCAUUAAUUUCAACAGGCCUGGAACUACCGUAUUUAUUCGAAUAAGCGCCCAACCUCGAAUUAGCGCCCACCUCGGAUAAGCGCCCAUCCUAAAGGCAGAAAAAGUUAAUAAGCGCCCACCCUCGAAUAAGCGCCCACCCCCUACUCCUCCCAAUCAAACCCAAAUAAGCACUCACCCCACCCCACCCACUUGAGUGAAUAAAUUCUAAUAAGAGACUUCCCCGAGGACGGAGUAUUCUUCAGAGUAUUUACAGAAACCUUGUUUUGUUACUUCUUCGCGUUUUGUUAUUAGCAUUUAUUGUUUUGUUACAAAAUAAACAUACUUCACUUGCUGAAAACGGUGAAAAUUUAAUAAGCGCCCAGCCUCGAAUAAGCGCCCACUCUCAAGGUCCAAAAAUUUAAUAAGCGCCCAGGGCGGUUAAUCGAAUAAAUACGGUAACCCAUGGCUGCCUUCAAAUAAUAUCUCUUUAUUCAUUAUUUAACAUUUUAGUCCGAUUGUUUCAAUUUUGGUUGUUGAAGUUGCUGAUCUUCAAAUGAUCUAUGAUGUUCCUAUUUAUAUUCUCACAGGAAUGUGUUUUUAAGAAGAUGUCAGACAACACAGCGCUACGUGUCAUCUGGACUGGCGCUCUUCGAAUCUAUAACUGUGACGGCUGCUGCAGUCGAUGGUAUUUCACCUUUAACGGUGCAGAGUGUUCAACCCCAGCAGCCAUUGAUGGUGGAGUGUACAUGAGGUAUGGACGUGGCAGCAGACUAAAGAAUUUGCACCGCGUGCGUCACAUUGAAGGAGUCUGUGAGAAAAUUCACAAGGGCACAGUGCGUGUGGGAUUCUGGGUCGGCAAAUGUUCUGGUGUGACUUCUGCUGAUGCUGAGACAGGCUGGCCCGGAGUGUCCCGUAUCUACGUGGAGGAAAUACCUCCCCCACAGGCUUAAGCCGAUUCAGAUUUCUUUUUAAGUAAGGAUGAUUAAUAAGCUAACUUUUGACAGAAUUUUUAGAGGUCCAAGGAAUAAAAAUAAUGGGUGAUAUUUUUGAAAUUAGAAGCAAACGUAGGUGAGGUUUAAAAAAAGCUUGAGC